UUGAUAUGGGCAAUCGGUGGGAGAUCUAAAGGAGCGACAGCAUAGGGGUCUGUGCUCUGUUAAAAGCUAGUCAGUAUAUUCCCUCAGCUGGAUUUAAACUAACGAUGUCGGGACUCCGAGCACCUAGAGCUGGCUGUGCCAGGGAUGCACAAAUGAGAAUUGAUGCCGCAUUCGACCCGGUUGAAGGCAGGAAAUGUUUGGAGUGGAUCAGAGAACUUACUGGCGAGAAUUUCGUCACAGACGCGGGCCCCGAGAAAUAUAGAGUAGUGGAGAACUUCUAUAAAGUGCUUCGCGAUGGAUUCUUACUCUGCAAGGUACUGAAUGUUGUCGUGCCUGAUCAUUUGAAGUGCAACUUCAACGCACCAACGUUUAGACCUUCAGCGAACCCUCAGUUCCAAGCGGCAAGAGAUAGGGAAAGAAUUGAACUAUUUAACAGAAAACUGGAGGAUUUCGGGGUCUCACCAGACAACUGCUUCUUAGUGGACUGCCUUUAUGAGAGAACCAACCUUUGGCAGGUGGCUGCCAGCAUCAGGGCAUUAGGAACAGAGUUCGAGUCCCGCCCAUCUUUCACCGGCAUGCGAUGGUGGCCCCGCAAAGCAGAAGCGAACCCAAGGAAUUUCUCAGAAGAGGUUCUCAAUGCUGGAAAUACUAUCAUCAACCUUCAAUACGGCUCCAAUAAGGGUGCCUCUGCCAAGGGCAUGACCUUUGGCAAGAAGCGGAUGAUCAUGAAGGAAUGACGUCACAGACCUCACAUGUGGCGUAGAAUUUCAGUUAUUUCGAUUUAGGUGUCUUUCUUUUCAAAGUGAUCUGUUCGUUUAAGUGUUGCUCCGAAGUCUGUGGACAGCUUGCAAGCAAGAUGAUAAGGUCAUGAUGAAUAUAUUGAAAUAUUUGGCCAUGAAAAGGCAUUUCUAGGGGGGUUAAAACCUUUUGGCAAAACUUUCAUCAAUUCACUGCUUGUCGGUAGUGUCCUAAAAAAAUAUGAAGGCUGCAUUGUUUCGUUGGAUCGUAAGCUCAUAGGAUUAUGACAUCAUCAAGGAAUUAAAUCUCCGUUUGUAACAGGGACUAAGCAACUCAGCAUGGGGAAAUGAUUUCGGUUUUACGGAGCAUAGGCGUUUGUGUCUAUGCUCAGGGAGUAGGCCGUAUUGCCUUAUCUGGAACUUUGAUUCGGUGUUCUAAUUAGCACGGCAACAGAAGAAGAAAAUUAUAUCUCAAACCGUCACUGCCGACACAAAAGACCUUCAUUUUAUAAGAUUUAGAUAACAAACAUUACCUGGUGUAGAUUUUCCUUUGUAAUAAUUUCGUUUCCUUAUUCCGUCCAUCUCACUGCCCACUGCACAGAACCCCUGAUUGGUGGCCGAAAACGAGGCUACAGCCAGAAUCCUUGACAACACUGCCAGUCCGUUAGUUAUAGAAGUGACGCCAUCAACACUUUUCGAAACGUCAUGAACAACUCUACCUUCAAUCCCAGUUACUGCCUUUGUGUUGCUCACAAGCGGCCUCUUGUACACUUGUCAAUAUUAUUUUGUAAUAAAUGAAAGUUUAUUUAUACUUCAUGAAAGAGC